GCAAGGUAUGGGGAAGAAAGCUUAAGCCAAAUAUUUGGCAAAAAGGGAAGAAUUUGAAACAGUUAAAGUUCUUCAUCCUCAACCACCAACUACUUUCUUUUUAUUAAAUUUUUUGGCCUGCAAAUGAUGUUUUAAAAUGAAACAAUGAACCCAUUUAUCCACACCUGUUACUCUGUUUGGUCUUUUGCUCCGUCUCUCUCACAUUGUCUCUCACACGCUUCCAUUUUCACUCAAAAGUGUACUUCUCUGUGUUUAUAAGGUCAAGCCAAUGUCGACCAUGGCGGAUUUUUUUUCAAAAAACACUUAUUAGACUUACUACUAAAUACCCCCCAUAUAAAUAUAUGUUAAUUUCCAUCAUUGUUGCCUUUCAGGUUAACAAACAAGACAUUGUUCGUCUUUCUGUUUUUUCUAUUUUGUCUUUUUCUUUGUCUUUUUUUCUCCCAUGGAGUUCUCUGUAAUGUGUAAAACCAGACACGUUUUAACAUUAGUAGGAAGCGCUCUGAACAUAGUUCUUAGUUUCAUCGUGUUUUGUUUCCUUGACAUACUUGAUUUUGUUCUAUGUUUUGUUUACAAAGUCCUUGAUUUCUGCAUUGAAUCUGAAUGGAAGAACCCUAGUUCUGGUUCUUACUCGGCGGCAACCCUAGACGGUAGCGGUAAAAUCAUUGUUUCGGAACAAGGAGAAACCGAGUCCGAAGUUGUUUGUCUCACUUCAACCAAGUUCCAGUUAGAAGAAAUUUCAGACACACUUUAUUCACGUGCUUCAUUCGUAACAGAAGUCUCGAACCAGCUCAAAAAACUCACAUUCGACACCAUCACCAUCACAAAAUCAACGGAGAAGAAAAAACCAACAAGAUCAACGAUCACCAUUAACUCCACCAUUGUUAAACUGCUUCAAGGAAGAAUGAUAGGGCAGUAUUUAUACCCCAUUACUCGUUGGUCCGAUUGUGAUUGUCAGUUCUGCAAUUCAUGGACUUAUUCCACUAAACGUACCCUCUUUGUUAAAUCCGACGGUCCAAAAGAUCAAGCGAAGGAAGAUGUGGUGUUCAUCCAUGGCUUUGUUUCGUCAUCAGCAUUUUGGACUGAAACUUUGUUCCCAAAUUUUUCAAGCAAAGCUAAAUCGAUUUACAGGUUAUUGGCUGUUGAUUUACUGGGUUUUGGGAGGAGUCCUAAGCCGAACGAUUCGCUUUAUACUUUGCGAGAACAUGUCGACAUGAUCGAAAAAUCGGUACUCGAAGGUUAUGGUGUAAGAUCUUUUCACAUUGUGGCACAUUCAUUAGGCUGCAUUUUGGCACUAGCUAUUGCCGUUAAACACCCGGAAUCGGUCAAGUCCCUCACGCUGUUAGCACCGCCAUAUUAUCCAGUCCCGAAAGGUGAAUCUGCGACGCAGUAUGCCAUGAGACGAGUGGCGCCGCGACGAGUGUGGCCACCAAUGGCGUUUUGUGCUUCCGUUGGCAGUUGGUAUCAGUACAUCGCUCGGACGAUUUCGUUGGUCUUAUGCAAGAAUCAUCGGUUGUGGGAUUUUCUCAUCAAAAUAAUUACUGGAAACAGGAUUAGGACUUUCUUGCUUGAAGGGUUCAUCCGACACACCCAUAUAGCCUCAUGGCAUACACUUCACAACGUUAUUUUCGGCACCUCUGGAAAGCUCGAUCGGUAUUUGGACGUCAUCCGGGACAGGUUGAGCUGCGAAGUCACUGUGUUCCAUGGCGAGGAUGACGAAGUCAUCCCGCUCGAAUGUAGCUACAAUGUUCAAAGACGAAUCCCUCGUGCUCGAGUUAAGGUUGUCGAAAAUAAAGAUCACAUCACUAUCGUUGUUGGUCGACAAAAAGAAUUCGCCAGGGAACUUGAGGAAAUUUGGAAGAAAUCGACAAAAAAUUAAUUAAAAACCUAUCGAGACUUGUUUAAAAUUAUGGUUAAAAAGUUUUCGUUUCACAUAUAAAUGAUAAAGAUUUGAAUCUUCUUGUUUUAAUCCUUUUUCUAAUAUUAUGUUGAUAAAAGAAAUUUAACCCAAAAAAAGGGUUGAA